GGCUCUUUUGCGACCAAUUCAUGGCCAUGCCCUAAAAAACACCAUCUCGACCUGUAGCAUGCCUACAGGUAGCAUCAAGCGCAACGACGACCUCCCGCGAUUCUACACGCCCGUCAAGUCCCGCCAUGGCGAUUCGUCGUACAGAUGGCCCCUGCGGCGUUCUCGCACCUUAGCUAUCCUCGGCGUUCUCCUGCUGUACCUCUUGUAUAGGAAUCUCUGGUCUUCGUCCUCCGAUAGCGACUAUGCCCCCGAUGGCACAAAAUGGUCCCAAUAUGCGUACAGUCUCUAUGCGACCGACGGCGCCGCCCUCUGCCAUUGCGUCCUCGUCUUCGACGCCCUGAAGCGAUUCGGAAGCAAAGCAGACCGCGUACUAUUCUACCCUGAGUACUGGGACACGGAAGUAUACAAUUCGCGGGAUCGUGAUAGCCAGUUGCUGGUCAUGGCGCGGGAUGUAUACAAAGUCAAGCUGCAGCCCGUGAAGCUGCUGAGCGUAGAAGCAUUAAAAGAAGCCAACGUCCCCAAAACCACCUGGGACAACUCCGUCACCAAAUUCCUCGCCUUCGGCCUGACCCAAUACAAGCGCGUCCUCCACCUCGACUCCGACAUCACCCUGCUCCAGCCCCUCGACGAGCUCUUCCUGCUCCCGCCCACGCCCAUCGCCAUGCCCCGCGCCUACUGGACCGUCUACAAGCCCUGGCCGCUGACGUCGCUGCUCAUGCUGCUGACGCCCAACGCUCGCGAGCUCGACGCGUUCAAGGCGCUCAUCGCCGCCGGCGCCGCCGCCGACGUCGUCACGGCCCGCCGCUACGACAUGGACCUCGUCAACGACCGCUUCGGCGACUCGGCGCUCGUGCUGCCGCACCGGCCGUACGCGCUGCUGAGCGGCGAGUUCCGCGCGCACAACCACUCGCGCUACCUGGGCAACGGCUACGAGGCGUGGGACGCGGAUGCGGCGCUGCGGGAGGCGAAGCUGGUGCAUUUCUCCGACUGGCCGCUGCCGAAGCCGUGGGUUAUGUGGCCGCUGGACGGGCUGGCGGCGAUGCAGCCGGAUUGUGGGGGGAGUCAUGAGGGGACUUGUAGAGACAGGGUGGUGUGGAAGGAGUUGUAUGAUGGGUUUAGGCAGAGGAGGAGGGAUGUGUGUCGGUUGCUGAGUGUGCCGGCGCCGGAGUGGGCGAGUAUUGUUGGGCAGAAGGAGGGUGAGAAGGGGAAUGCGACGGAGGUGGAGGCGAAGGGGGUUGUGGUGGAAGACAAGGGGGCGGAGGUGGAGGCUAAAGGUAUUGAGACGGAGGAGAAAAGCACUGUCGUGGAGGAGAAAGGGGUAUAGUGAGGUCCUGUAGUAUAUCGGUAUUUAGACCUGUGUAAAUGGCAAC